AUGUCUUCUCUGGCCGACAUGUUCUCCCUGCAGGGCAAAACUGCCCUCGUCACCGGCGCCACCGGCGGCCUGGGACUGAGCAUGUGUCUGGUGCUUGCGGAAGCUGGAGCAGACAUUGUCUCAAUCCAGCUCCCUAACGACAAAGGCUCCUCAUUGCUCGAAGACGGGGUACAGGCACAGGGACGAAAGCUUUCGGUCUUCACAGCCGAUGUUGGUGAUUCCGAUGUGCUCCGCGCAACGAUGAAGCAUAUAUGGGCAGCCGGUCAUGUCUGCGACAUAUUGCUCAACUGUGCGGGCCUCAAUCAGCGAUCUCCGAUCGAACAGAAGACAAGACUCUUUGACUUGAUUCUGGGUGUGAAUCUCAAGGGCAGCUACGUGAUUGGUCAGGAGUUCGGUCGACGGCUCGUUGAGCUCGGACGUCCUGGAAAAAUCAUCUUUACCGCCUCGCUCACGUUGCCAAUGUUAAUGUGUCCGCCAAUGAAUGGGCCAGCAUGGAUAUCCAAGUGA